UGCUGAACCUUUUUCUCUGCCGAGUUUCAGACGCUGCACCAAUCUAAAACCCUAGACAUCGAAGUUCCUCAAGAGGAAGGAGGGAAAUCCGAAUCAAAAUCAAAUGUCAGGGAGGGAGGAUUCUGAUUCCGACGCACCGGAGGAGUUUACGUCGGAGCAGGGAACACAGCAAGACGAAGAGAUUAGAAAAGUUCAAAAAGAAAAUAAAACAAGAAUUGUUCGUGAGGGUAAAGAACGUCGCAGACUAUGGGCACAAAGAAAAACACCACGACCAUCUAAAGGAGAUGAAAGUGUACAGGAUGUAAUGGAAGCUGAAACAGAAAAGGAGUCUUUGGGUACUGAGGGGAUGCUACCAAAUGACAUUGUUCAACUGCUUGCAGCUCGUGAGAAGAAGGUUUUCUUAUCAGACUCAGAGGAUGAGAAGGUUGACGCAAAGCUCCCUCCAAGAAAGAAAAAGCCCAAAAGCUCAGGAAUGGAGACUGUUAUUUUGAAAGAGAUGUCACCUCCUCAAUGUUUACAGAACUCCUUGGACUUCCUCAAGAAAAAGAAAAUGCAGGUUUCAAGAUCAUCUUCUGUUUUGAACAACUCCAACCAAGCACUUCGCCUCAUUUCUACUUCUGGCUUGUUAAGUAAGAAAUAACAAUCUUGUGUAUGCUCUUGUUCUGUCCAUUGUGAAACUGGGCACCGCAAAGCCUAUGUAAGACAUAAGUCAAUUCAUCACCUAGAAAAGGCCAGAGGUAUGCCUUUGAUUUGUAGCUAAUUGCAUUGCAGGCCUCUAUACGGUUAAUACCAUAUUGAAGCAAUUAUUUGAUUGCCCAUAAGCAUUAGCUUUAUUAAAGUGCACUUUUGUAAUAGAUGAACCCUUUAUGGCCAUAAUUAUUGAUUUUUGAUUCUCGAGAA